AAUCAACUCGUGCAGCCACGAAGCACUGGAAAUACACACCCGCGCUGCAAAAUUGCAUCAAUAAGGCCAGCCGCUACGCGCGCUGACAGCGCAGCAGCAUGCGUGCAUCAAUGUGCGUGCUGACGCUGCUGCUGACAGCCAAUGCUCUCCGCACGCCGUCGCUGCGUAUGAGCGUCGCGGAUCCACAACGAAGACGCCUCUUCCAAGGCGCCGCAGCAUUGAUAACUUUCCGAGCCUACGAAGCACCCGCAGCAUCGAAGACGACAAGAAUACUACAAGAGACCUUCGCGAAGCCGCAAACAGACUCCAAAAGCUACCGACUCGUAGAAUUAGCGAGCGGCGUCCGCUGUUUACUCGUGCAGGACCCGAGAGCCGAGAAGUGCGCCGCGGCGCUAGAUGUACAUGUGGGCCAUAUGUCCGAUCCAAUCGACCGCCCGGGCCUCGCCCACUUCUGCGAGCACAUGUUGUUUCUGGGAAACGACAAGUACCCGGGUGAGGACGAGUUCGAACAGUACAUCUCGAGAGUCGGCGGCUCCUCGAACGCGUUCACGGACACCGAGGACACGUGCUACUUCUUCGAGCUGCCUGAUCCGGCGAAGGUCGGCUCCGCUCUAGAGCGGUGGGGGCCCUUCUUCUCGGCCCCCAGAUUCGCGCAAGAUGCGACUCGUCGAGAGGUCGAGGCGAUUGAUAGUGAACACUCAAAAAAUCUGAAGAGCGACGGGUUUCGGCUCUUCCAGCUGACGAAGUCGCGCUUUCCUUCCACGCACCCCUUCUCGAAGUUCGGCACGGGGACGCGGAAGACCCUGAGGCCUCCGAACGGCGACGGCGACCCGCCCGUCGACAAGUUGCGAGAAUUUUACGGUACGAACUACGUUGGUAGUAAUAUGGCCUGCGUCGUCUGCUCGACGCAAUCCUUGGACGUGCUCCAGAAGCUCACCGAGAAUGCUUUGGUAGAUGUCAGAAGUACUACUGAGCGAAGGCCUCCGUCCACAUUGUACUUCGACGAAGAGCCGCUACCAAAAGAUUCAGAUGCCUAUGUCCUGGCAUCCCUGCAGUCGCAACGAGAGCUCAGUGUGCAGUGGGUCUUACCGUAUGACCGUAGUGAUCCAGACAGUGCCUUUGCCGAUAGGAUACAAAAACGCUACUUCCGAGAUGACCUGUUUCUGUCUCAUAUUUUGGGGCACGAAGGGCCUGAUUCAAUCCUAGCGGACCUAAGGAGGCGAGGCCUCGCCACGGGGCUCGGUGCUGGUAGUGGUGAAGACACCGAUCAGUUCCGAACUUUUGAUGUUUCUGUACAAUUAACACAGAAAGGUUUAAAGGAGUGGCGCAGCGUCUUGGCGACGAUACGGGGCGCGGCGCUUGGUUUACAAACGGCGGAGUGGCCCUCCAACUGCUUCGAGGAGACGGCGCGGAUGGCGCGGCUCGGGUUCCAGUGCGGUCUCGGCGUCCCGCAGUUAUCGUCGCGUCGAUGGCGUGGGAGCGCUACGCCAUCGAGCGGGGCCCAGUGACGUUGAUGUCCGCGCAGGUGGGGCGAGACGCCCGACGUGGCGAACCUCGCGACCGCUUUAGCUGGUAAAUUACAAGUGGUGGGCUGGGGCGCGUCCGAAGAUUUGAGGGAUCUAUUGGCUUUAGAUAGGACGCCGCGCGACGCGUCGACGGAUGAGAGAAGACGGGCGGUCUCCGAGUUAUUGAGGGAGAUGAACACUAACGUGCCAUUGGUGACCGUAGUGGCGCCUCAAGAUGAGUUACAAGUAGCCGCCAAGGGUGCUAAAAAGGUAGAACCCAUCUACAAGACGCCCUAUUUCGCCGAGAAGCUCUCUGAAAAAGUGACCUCGUCUCAGAUAAAAUUUCCGCCGGUGAACCCGUACAUACCCGAUACAGACCCAAAGCCCAAGUACGCCAAGAAAGCUAAGCCUACGCUCAAGGACUUCGGGCCGCCGACCAAGUUACUAGACGACGGCUUCGGCAAGCUGUGGUUCAAGGAGGAUAGGAUCUUCGGCGUGCCGCGCGCGGCCGUUUUAGUUUUGUUGAGGACGGAGGCCACCGGUUCGAGAAGUGCGGCCGACGCGAUUCACGCGCGGAUCUGGACGCGCCUCGCUGCCGAUGCCUUGAGAGAUGCGGACUAUCAACGAGAGUUUGAUUCUUAUGAUGCUUCUUUAGCUGGCUUAGAAUGGACAUUAGGGGCCGGGCCGCGCGGCGUGCAGUUGUCGUUUGGGGGCUACGAUGCUAAGCUUCCCGAGCUUGCGGAGGCAGUGGUGAGUGCGGUGAAGGGCUUUGAUGCCGUACAGUACGCUCUGAAAAAUGAUAAUCUCGAGCGCGUGCUCGAUGGUACGAGAAGAGACAUAAGAGCGGCCCGGGCGGCGCCGGCCUCGUCGCGAUGCAUCGAGGAGCUCGGGGUGCUCACAGAGCGACCGAAGUUCCCUUUGAUCGAGGCCGAGAACGCCCUCAAGAAGACGAACGUCGAGUCCCUGCGGAAAUGGUUGACUGAGAACGCGAACGUGUUUGGUUCUGUGGCCGCGACGGAUGUCCUGGUCGAGGGCAACUGCGACGAGACUUAUGCGAGGCGCAUCGAGAAAAGCGUCCGAAGUGGUUUAUCAGGCGGUUCGACCAUCCCGGCGGAGCCCUCGGUGCUCCAAGUGCCUCUCUCUACCAAAGUACCUAUCAGAUAUGCGGCGAAACCCUCUGCAAGUGACGAGGUCAACUACGCCGCCAUUUAUUCCUACCAAACGGGAAGCGGGUCUGACGUGCGGGCGGCUACCUUGGUACUUUCAUCAGUGCUAGAGGCGCCCUUCUACGAAGCGUUGCGGACGAAACGGCAAUUGGGUUAUGUGGUCCAGGCCGCGUCGCGCUACCGAGAAGGUGUGUCGUCUAUGGUCUUCCUGGCGCAGUCGGCGAAGGAUGAUGACGUGUGUAGAGGACCGUCGGAUUUGGUCCGAUAUAUCGACGAAUUUUUAGAUACUGAAGCGCCUCAAUUACUAGAUAAGUUGGACGCAGCCCAGCUCGCGGACAUCGUCGACGGCCUCGCGCGGCGGUUAGACGAGCUCCCGAAGGCGCUGGGCGGCGCGGUGGCCCCGCACUGGGACGAGAUCGUGUCGCGGCGCUACGACUGGGACCGGCGGGCCCGCGAGGCGGCGGCGUUGCGGAAGUUAUCUGUUGGUGACGUGCGCGACCUGUUCUAUCUUUCGCUUGCUCGUACUGGUGCUUCUCGGAGACCUAUACUCGUCGUCGCGGACCGCGGGAAGCCGUCUUCAUCAAUGAGAACGGACGCGAUCCCGGACGCGGCGGCGUGGGCUUCGAAGCUGGAGAGCUGGGGGUCGGCGUGAGCUUUUCUG